AUGGAUCGCUCUUACUCUCUGGUGUUUAGCAACAUGAAUGAUUUCGCAAAGUGGGUGGUGGCCAAGGCCUUAACUAACAAGGUAGUACUACAUCUUGCUAAUCCCACCUUGUAUCGAGACGAGCUGCUGAAGUUUGCAGGAGUAUGGCCAACGGCACGUUUAAAGACGCUCGAUGAAGCAUACAAAAGCAACACGGCUUUCCAGCAUGUAAAAGAUGACAUGAACGAGCGAAUCUGUACUCUGCGGACACAACUGGCAUCGAUUAUCAAUCCAUUGUUCUCUGUCAACGCCCAAGCAAAACCAGGCAAGCGCCACACGGCUGUGCAAACACUCAGAGCAUUCGUCGGCGAGCUCCAGCAAAAUAAGAAUCUGUGGUCGAAUAUUGAUUCACCCACCAAGUUCACCUUGGCACUGCCACUGCGCAAAAAGCCCGAGAUGCGGCAGCUUGUACAGUUGCUAGGACAGGAUUUUAAAACCGUUUGGAGUGAUGCUGUUGAACGGGUGUUCAUAUUGAUGCAAGGGGAGUCUGAAGGUGCAACGACAGUAGGUGGGCCAUCUGCAUUGCAAGAGUCGUACGCGCUAGCGCGUGACCGUAUUGUUUCUGAGAAUUUUCAAGCUUUACUGAAGCAGUGGAGUAGUCAGAAAUCGGUGCGUCAUUUUACGCUCAUUCCAAUAUAUCGGAAUGGAAGCGUUUGCUGCCAAGUCGAAGAGACUUUGUCAACGAGGUCAACGGCGUUUGAGUCUACGCGGGAUAGGGGCAAACGUGCGACUGGAGCAAAGACGAAUAGUAGAGCGCAGCGCACGAAUUUAGUGCUUGAAAGACUCGAACGGACAAAGACCAAAGACCUCGAUGCACGUCUCAAUUUCUCAGGCGUCAGUGAUAAUCUAUCGCUGCUACCAGCGAAGAACACCAACGGAAAAUGUGACGGCAGCUACUCGUCAGGCCCAUUUGGUGCAAACAUUCUCAAACUUCGACGUUACUUUGAUUGUUCGCAAAGCCACAAAUGGUAA